UCAUUACAAUUGGCGGUUUGGAUAAAAAAUAAUAAUAUAUAUAUAUAAAAAAAAAAGCUUAGGUCCUUGAAGUUUAGUACAACCACCACCGGACUUUUCUUUCUCCGAUCUAUAUAUGUACACAGUAGCAGCAGAGGCUGAGAUUGGCAAGCAUGGCUAGCGCUGUCCUUCUUCCCAUUAUAGCUUUCCAUCUUGCCAUCUUCACCCUCUUUUCUUCCUGCCCCACAAGUAUAGUCGCCGAAGUAGAUAACGAUUUUGGAACAACCAUAAACCAUAAUCUCUAUCGGCUAAAGAAGGAAAAGCUUACCCAUUUCCGCUUCUACUGGCAUGACAUAUACAGCGGCCCUAACCCCACCGUCGUUCCCAUCGUGAAAUCACCCAAUAAAAACUCCGUCGCCGGUUUCGGUUUCGUAAGCAUGAUGGACGACCCAUUGACCUUGGAGCCACAACUGAGCUCCAAAGUCGUGGGAAGAUCUCAAGGCCUUUAUGCAGCUGCUUCGCAGGAAGAGGCUGGACUCUUGAUGGUGAUGAAUUUUGUACUCCUUGAAGGGAAAUAUAAUGGUAGCACCAUAACCAUACUGGGAAGGAACCGUGUUGUUUCCAAGGUGAGAGAGAUGCCGGUGAUCGGCGGUAGUGGGCUGUUCCGGUAUGCCAGAGGGUAUGUUGAGGCUUCUACUUAUAGCUUCAAUCAAACAUCUGGAGAUGCCGUUGUUGAGUAUAAUGUUUACGUGUUGCAUUACUAGUUGAUGCAUUUUAUUUUACUUUUUCUUGCGUUUUCGUGUGUAAUAAUUUCAUUCAUAUUUAAUGGAUGGAGAUUUAUAUCUCAAGAGCA